GCUUUUUCUUGAGUGGAAAUUGAAAUUGCGAGUAUUUUGAUUUUCCACCUUUCAAAAGUGGGUAAUGACGAUGGCUGUAAUCCCAGUUCCAGCUUCCAUUAUGACCCCAAUACUCCAAACCACAAGAAUUUCCAAGUUCCCCUAAAGGCAAAACCCCAGGAAGAAUUCUGAUAGUAUGGUAGUAGUACAUAAUAUUAUACCUCGUCAUCAUCAGUCAAAAGGCUCCUUCAACCUUUGACCUUUGAAAAUCUUGACUUUCUAUAUACCCCAUGUGCUCAGAUAUAUGUCUUGUAUCAUUUUCAUUCAUAACUCCUAAAAACACACUUCAAAACCAUAUUUGUAAUUAAUAUGAUUUGUCAAAAUGAGAGAAUCAAAUGUCAACUCCAACUUGCUUUCUUACUCGAAUUAAAAUAUAGAAAUCAACCCUUCAUUCUUCAACCUAUAAAAAAGCCUAACCAUAGCAACCACACACAGAUAACUCAACGUAAACCUUGACUUUCUUCUUCUGCAAGUGUAUAGAGUCUAUAUAGUAUCAAUUCAAGAUGAGUAGCUCAGAUGAAGGUGGUAGCAGCUCAAGCCCAAGUGUAUCCCAUCAGCAGCAGCAGCAGCAGCAACAGAGGAGAUUGAAAGGGAUCCGGCGUCGGAAAUGGGGUAAAUGGGUGUCGGAGAUUCGAGUUCCGGGGACCCAAGACCGGCUGUGGCUGGGGACGUAUUCGACCCCUGAGGCGGCUGCGGUGGCGCACGACAUUGCAAAAUACUGCCUGAGAGAGAACGCCACCUCGCCGGAAGACUUCAACUUCCCGCUGAUGAUCCCGGCGGGGGCCCACAAGGGGAUGUCUCCGAGGUCGGUUCAGAGAGUUUCCUCCGAUGCUGGCUUGGCCGUCGAUGCUCGGUUCCUCAACAACAACUCAUCAUCCUCAACUACUACUACAUUGGGUUAUCAUCAUCAUGAUCAUCAUUAUUCCGGAAAUGCUGCAGUGAAAUUGGAGCAGAGUUUCGGGAAUAAUAAUAAUGUUAAUCAUGGUCACCAAUAUGGAAGAAGAAGAACAGCAACUUGGGAAUGUCAUGAAAAUUAUAUGAAUGAUGAAUGUUGUUAUGUUGAUGUGCCGUCAUCAUCAUCAUCAUGGGACGAUGCUGCAAAAGCCAGAGGCUUGGACGACAUUUCAGUUGAUGAUUAUCUGUGAUAUCCAUCUCCAUGCCUGCAUAUAUAUAUAUAUUUACCAUAUUCCAUCUGAUCCCGGAGCUUUAUUUGAGAGACUUCAAACUUCACUAUGUCUUUCUUCUAGAAAGAUCGAGAUCGAGAGUUCAAACUUUUUUAUUGACAAUAAUAUGGUCGAGUGCGAGCAACUUCGGUUCCCCCUUUUUGAUAAAAUCUCGAAAGAUAAAAAAGUAAUUAAUAUUUUGUCUUUCUAAAAAUUAUUGUUCAGUUUUGAUUUUUUAAAAAAAUUAGAGGAAUUUUGUUUGACUCUGUUGUUUCCUUUUUCCGAAGGGAAUUUAAAAAAAAAAGAAAAAGAAAAAAAAAGAAAGGUCUCAACUCUCAACCUUGGACCCUGAGAGCUUGUGGUUUUUGACACAGAAUCAAAUCAAAAGCUUCAUUUGAAAAAUACUAAUGUAUAGUCUAUAGAUAGAUAAGGUCCAUCCAUGCUGAACAAAAUUGUUUGCCUUUGACUUUCAAAUUAUAGCUAUUCUAUUCACAAAACUUGUGGAGUCCCAAAGAAAAAAAAAUAUUAUUUAC